AAAUAGUUUUAUCAAGUUUAAAAUGCUAGCAUAACUUAUAGCAGUAUUUUGCAGUUUGUUUUUAUAAUUUUUGUUGUGCUAACCCUCCAAUUUUACCCCACAUCCCACUGACACAUUCCCAUUGACCAUGGAUGCACUGGAGACAAAAUCUGUGGCUGAAAGUGACACUGGACAAGUUUGUGGCGAUCUUUUAUCAGUCAGUGCCCCAAACUUUCCCCCUGCAGUGGCAGAGACUGAUUAUGAUGAACCAUCACUUUCCGAUAUCAUUGUUGAAGGUUAUAAAGGUAGCAGAGGAAGGAAUGGACAUUUUGAAGGAUUUGGUGAAGCACAGUUUACUGGUGGACAUAGUUAUGAGGGCACAUUCUCACAUGGAGUAAUGCAUGGGAAAGGCAAGUAUGUGUGGUCAGAUGGAAUGCUUUAUGAUGGAGACAUGAAUAAUAAUCAAAUCACUGGAUACGGAAGAUACGAAUGGCCUGAUAAAAGUUAUUAUGAGGGAGAAGUUCUGAAUGGAUUAAGGCAUGGGGUGGGUGUGUUUAAGUCACCUCAACACAACGUUUCAUAUUCUGGACAGUGGUAUCUUGGAAAGAGACAUGGAAGGGGCAUCAUGCACUACAGCGAGCACUCGUGGUUCGAGGGUGAUUGGGUAAACAACGCUCGUCAUGGGUGGGGUGUACGUCGUUACAACACGGGUAACGUGUAUGAGGGGCAAUGGGUGAAUGACAAGCGGCAUGGGGAGGGAACUAUGCGUUGGCUCACCUCGGAUGAAUCGUAUUCAGGGGUGUGGGAGAAUGGGGUACAGCAUGGCGUGGGUACACAUACAUGGUACCUGCAUCGUGUACCUGGUUCUCAAUAUCCACUUCGUAACGAAUAUGUUGGUGACUUCAUUAAUGGGCUGCGACAUGGGCAGGGAAAGUUUUUCUUUGCAAGUGGGGCUGUGUAUAAUGGGGAAUGGGAGAAUAAUAAGAAACACGGAUGGGGAAAGUUCAUUUUCAAGAAUGGUCGUGUUUUUGAGGGGCAAUUUGAGAAUGACCAUAUGGUUGAUUAUCCAGCAUUUACUACAGAUGGUACAGAGUCACCAGAUUCAUGUAAUAUUCGAACAAGGACUCCUAUUGGCUGGGAGGAAGAGAAAGACAUGGCAAAAGAUGGGAGCGGAAAUAUGUUGGGACCAAGUCUUACACUCGACAUUGAAUAUAUUUUGGAAGAUUUUGCUGAAGAUUUAAGGAAUGAGGAAUUAAAACAGGUUACGUUCCUGAUGCUUCGUAAUGUGUCGGCUCUAAGGAGAGUCUACAGCUUUUACAGUGCGCUGGGGCAUGACCGAUCACCUGACAACACCUUCGUAAUGACGAGGUUUCAAUUUUGGAGAUUUCUUAAAGAUUGUCGGAUCCAUCAUCACAGUCAGACAUUAUCUUCCAUGGACAGAGCUAUUGCAAGAUGCCAUGCAGCUGGAGAUGUACACAACCCCAUGGAAAAGUUGUUGCUUCGUGAAUUCCUGAGCAGUUGUGUUAUUCUCAGUUACUUUAUAUACAAAGACAAAGUAGCAAUAAAAACUGGCAAAGUUAUUUCGAACUGCCUGCAGAACAUACUUCAAAACCACAUACUGAAGUAUUCAUGUCGUGUCGGCGGCCAUUUUCUUUUUGAACCUCGCAGGGCGGUCAAUGCGCUUGCUUACAUGGAUAGGUGUUGGCAAAUAUACCAACGUGUGUGCACAAAACGUGUACAGCCACCUUAUGAUCUCACACUUCGCAUGCGACAGUUUCUCUUUCUUUUGCAGGAUCUGAAGGUGAUUGGUCGAAACCUGAGCACAGGAACAGUAUUGCAGAUUCUCUCAGCUGAUGAUCCAACUGUUACAGAUGGUGACAGUUGCAACAUGGAACUGGAGAUGACUUUCUUGGAGUUUUUUGAAGCCUUGAUUGGAUGUGCCGUGCAUUAUGUUGCUGAACAAACUGUAGCUUCAUCAUCUUAUAUAAGUGAAGAUCAAAUACACAGACUUUCCCGACCUGGUUCUUCUGUUUCUCAAGUAAUAUCUGAACCUGGCAACCAUCAAGCCUCCUCUGUAAUAUCAGGAUCUCAUAUUUCACAGGAUGCACACACAGCAACAAAUAUGAGUUUAUCAGAUAAUCAACUGAAACAGAAUGCUUCGAAGACAGGAGUUGUAAGCACUGGUGAGUUUCUACAAACACUCUCACAGAUGUCCAUUCAUGAUGAAACAAACCCUGCUGAACGUAGUUAUGGAGAUUCUGUUGUCAACCAAUCACAAAGAGCCGAAAGUGAGGAUGGAAGUUUGCAUCGGCAACAAGAGAGCGAGUUCAACAUUUGGAACAACCAACUUCACAUUUUCUUCACCCAACAUCUCUUCCCACCAUGGCAGAGGCAUGAGAUGCUCAAAGAUGCAGCUGCAAAGAACAGGAUCGCUGAGGAGGAGAGGAAGAGGUUGAGGAGCAUUGAAAAAGAAGUAGAGAGGAGGAGGGAAUUACAGAGCAGUCAAGAGGUAAUGGAACAACCAGUAGAAGAACCUGAACCUGUUCCUACAGAACUUGAGAUUCCUGAUGAAGACACAGAGGUUGCUGUGACAAUAUCUUCUGUCGACAAUCCUACAACUAAGUCUUCCACCAGUGUUCGAAGUGCUGGGAGAAGUGGAAAGUCGAGAAAGAGGAAAUAACUGACUGUGCUUUAUGUCUGUAUUAUUUAUAAGUGUGUUUUUAUAUUUCGAAGCUGUGUCAGUUGUAGUUAUGAUCGUAAAGUUGUAUCUUGAAAUGCCUGCAUUGCACUUGUUGUUGCGAAAUAAAGAUUUAUUCAUGUUCUCAUUGUGUUUAUUGUUCUUUUUACACGAUGCAAUGAUAGUUGUACAUUACUGUAUAUUACAUGUAUGUAGCACUCGCACAAAUUUAAAGAAAAGACUUCAAUCUAAAAAGACUAUUUUGGUAUAAUAAUUCAAACAGCUUUAUUUGAAUUAAAUGCAGUUUGAUUGGGUAAUAAGAUUAAUUUUACUCCUUUUGUGCAAUGGCAUUUACGUCAAAGUACAGCUUGCAUUUAUUAGCCUGGUUUUUAAAUGAAAUAAAAAUGAACAAUGCAAUAUUUAUAUUUAAACAGAUUUUCAACAGCUACUGUUCCAAAGGUGUUUAUGCUGAAAAUCGAUAUUGAAUUUAAAUAUGCUUAAGAAUGACAUAUUAAAAAUCUUAACGGAAUAAACAGUCCCAUGUUACUAGUUUACUUAAACAAAAUACAAGUAACUGAAGAAGGCUUUUUUUACACUGUACUUAAACAUAGUACAUUUGUAUGCUUUAGUACUUCUAUAACAUGAGAUAUAUCAAGAUUUCUAUUUAAAGAAUGAUCAAUUGCACAUAUAACACGACAAAGUGCUGGUUUAACCGGUUAAGUCAAUCUCAAGUAUUAGUAACUGUCAGAAAUUGCUUCACAAGUUAUAACUAUAAAUCUAAUGUUCUGUAAAGUGAGGAAAUAAGAAAAAAAAACGGCAAAAAUGAUCAAAAGAAACAGUACUGUACUGAGUAGGAAACAAAUCUAACAUUCUUUAGAAACAAUUAUAACCAAUUU